GCUCACCAUGUCCACAGAGGUGGGCAAUGGCAACGGCAUGAGCGACGCUCAGCCGCUGCUGGCAAGCGUAGACUCGGUCGGUGCCGCUGAGGCUUCGUCCAAGGCGAGCACCAAGACGCUCCUCUCUGUCUUCUUCUCGUUGGUCUUGUCGGCGUCGUACAACAAGGUCUUUGCCAAGCUCGCGACGCUGUACAUGCAGCGGUAUCCGCUGUUCAUCACGCUGUACAUCACCUUUGCCUACAUUCCGCUCACCAUUCUCUACGUCAUCUUCAACAGAAAGGCCAUCACAGCCGAGAUGUGGGCGGUGCCCAAGUGGAAGUUUGCUGUCAUGGGCGGGCUCGACUCGAUGGCUGGCAUCGCACAGGGCUUUGCCACCAACUUUAUCGAGUCGGGCGCGCUGAUUGUGCUCCUCCAGCAGGCGGCCAUUCCCAUCUCGAUGAUCAUCUCCAAGCUCAUGCUCGGUGCCAAGUACAAGAUGCGGCAUUACAUCGGAGCGACGGUUGUGGGCGCAGGACUCUUGAUUGUCCUCCUUCCAACCUUUCUCCAGCCCACCGGAGGCGCGCCGGUCCUCUGGGUCAUUGUCAUGCUCUUCUCGUGCGUGCCGAUGGCGCUAAGCGCUUGCUUCAAGGAGCUGGCCCUUGGCGACGCCGACAUGGAUGUGGUGUACAUGAACGGGUGGAUUUCGCUCUUCCAGUUUACCCUGGCGCCGUUUGGCCUCGUUCUUGCCGGCCUCGCCUCACACAUUCCGCCAAAGGACCUCCCGCGCAACUUUUGGCGCGGCCUUCGGUGCUCGGGCGGGCACAACUCUGUGCUCCACGCCGACGAGCACUACGAGGCGGACGACUGCGAAAAGGCCCCCUUUUUUGUGAACGGCUACUUGCUCGGCAAUCUGGUCAUGAACGUCAUGAUGCUCUCGCUGGUGCAGGUCGGCAAUGCCAACCUGCUCUGGCUCGCCAUGACCAUUGUCCUGCCCAUCUCGAGCUUUGUCUUUGCACUCCCGUUUGUGCCCGGCCACAAGCCUGUCAAGGCCACCGACGGCAUCGGCCUCGUCGUCAUCAUGGCCGGCCUCUUCAUCUACCGGCUCCUCGGUCCUGUCCUCGAGUGGCGGGCCAAGCGGAACGGCACGUACGUCGCGCUCGACGACGACGACACCGACGCUUCGUCCGACGUCCUCCCGCAGACCGAGUCGCAGGCGCGCGCCAUUGCCGAUGCCGCCUCGACCUCGGACUGGACCUCGACGCCGCGCCUCUCAGUCACGCCCUCGAUCUCCUUUACGGGCUCCAGCCUCGAAGUCGGCCUCGCCACGGGCGUCAUUGACCGCCGCCUCCGCCUCCGCAAGUCAGCCGAGGCCCUCAAGCUUCAUCGCUCGCCGCUCCAGAUCCGCGGCAGCUACUUUUCUCGCCUCGGCAUUCCCGCCCCGCGGCCGAUGGAGACCAUUCAGCGCCAGGCUCCUUGAGGUAAAGACCUGCCGCCGACCUUGCCGACUCGGUCACAUGCACA